GGGAAUCGCUGGAUAGCCUGGGAGCUUAUCUGAUGCUUGGAGGUCCACCUACGGGGAGAUCGAAAGGUGCGAGUCGCCGCCACAACUCGCAGCGAACGUGCGUGUCUCCGCAGAUCCGCAGAUUGCGCCGCUCGCGCUCGCGAGUCGCGAGUCGAGACUCGACGUCAUGUCGCCAUAGCCGUGUCGCCGCUUCGGUCCAGUGGCCACGUAGGCCGAGCUUGCAGCUUGCAGCCCGAGGAUCCCACAUUCUUCCAGUUGAUUAUUCUUCUUCUCAUCUCAUCUUACAGCAGAAUGUCGGCGGCGUGAACGUGCGCGCCUCACGCGCUGCGAGGCGCUCUGGCGAGCGGGCGCUAGCCCCGUUCUCCGCGUUCUCCGCUUCUCUGCGUUUUCCGCGUUCUCCGUGUCCGCGUCCUCCUCGUUCUCUGCGUUCUCCGCGUCUCGACCUCGCUCCAUCUGAGUGUCACGUCCCGUCUCAUGCCUCGAUGCGAAGCACGCUACGAGCGAGCAUAAUGGCAUGAGCCAUGAGCGUCGGCGGGGGCUGGCUCCGUGCGAGGCGGGGGCAAAGUCUGGAGAUUGCACAGACCACACCUCACGUGGCGUGUCACCAACGGAAUCUUGGUCGGACGGUCCGCGCGGCGCGUUCAGUCGCUGCCCCGUCCUUGCCUCGCACUCCAUCUUACUCCGACUCCAUCACGCCCUCCCGCUCACGCCCACGCCCACGUCUCUUCCUCCCCUCACCCACUCCUCUCCUCCCACACCCACCCCACGAUGCCAGCACAAAAACUCACCAACCCGCAACCUUCGCUCGCGCUGCGGCUGAUCAUGUCCGCCGCGUUCGCCGUCU